GCCCAUUCAACAUGUUAGUUCGGUAUAUCAGACUCAAUUUGUCUUCUUCUCUAGUUAUUUCGUGUUAGUUCUCCUCGCCAGCCUACACACGACAGGGGCCAUCAUGACCACUGUAUGUGACUGUAGUAACGAGCGAAAGGAUGGGUUCAUCGCCUUCGACGAUGAAGACUGCCUCCUGGGAUCGGAAGAUCCUGCCCCCCCAAAAAAUGUUACGUACACCCUGUACUCCCAUUUACCAGAAGUUAAACGAUUCCCAGGACACGUUUGUCGCAUGUGGGCGGUCACUCGAUCUAUCUUUACCGACUUCUUCGGUUGGCAUUACACUACUGAAAGUAAAUGGGCCGUUCCAGUAUCCACUUCCGACUGUGAAGAAAUGCGGGAUCUAAGAAAAUGCAAAAACGAGACAAUGUACGCGAAAGGCAGUCACAAGUACACCUAUGACGUGAUACCCUCGUUACAGCCGGUUUGGAUGACAAAACGUUGGGCCGUCACAUUCCAUUGUAAAAUCGCGGAGGUCGCGCUGGAAAGUGAGUGUGACAAUUGCACUAUCAACUCCCCCGUCGGUACAAUCGAAUUCCCCUAUAACGGAUCCGUGACCAGAAACCUUCAAACACUUAUUUGGGAAGACGCGUACAAAGAAAAACCCUGUGAUCUCAAACUAGCAGGCGAAUCGGUAAACGACGGCCUGUUGUACAAGACUCACGAUCCAAAAAUGCGGCGCUUACAGGAUCGGAUCAGCCAAACAGACUACCUCGUUAAUGUUACGAAGGAAUUAGAACGGUGUGGCAAAUCCGCCUUGUUCAGCAUAAAUGGAAUGGAAAAAAUCCUGAUUGUCAUUAACAUACCAACGCCGGAACUGUAUACCUCAUAUGCCUCGGGUUUUACGAACGCUACAGAACCACUAGCCACUCCAUUGUUAGUCGAAGUACACUCAAACGGGUCUUACGACAGCAUCGAUUCCCAGAAUACCACAGAGCGUAAGAUUCCUGCGUCAUUAGCAGCAGAAAUCAAGCAGGCGGCUCAUCAUCAAUAUACCAGGGAUCUGGCACUAGACCAAGUAAAUCGGCUGGCGAAUGAAAUUAGACGCCUCCAAUGCGAGAACCGAAAAGCAACACGCAAUAGUAUCCUCUUGAGUGCUAAGAACGACGGGUGGUACGCGGCUACCCAACUUCAACUGCCUAGUUGUUCAAGAUUAACGGUGUAUGGAGCGCAGGUUGAGGUUGCACGUUGCGCACCUUUUAAUGUAUCCUUCGGGGCCGAGCGGACGAAAUGUGGAAAUCAGCCCCGUUUUAUGAACUUCACAAUAGCCCAUAACGGAUGGCAACUUGUUCCAUAUCACCCAUGUUAUUGGCCCGAACCUAACUACGUCAACUUUAAUGGGAAAACUCACAUCUACGCGGAUGGUGGGUGGGUUCCGGUAAUCACAACAGUUCCAACAAACGGCAGACGCCUGGUCGGAUUGGCGACGUAUGAAGCUGAUAAUUCUCUACAAAAUUUUUUGCAAAUGAAUCCUGCGAUGCAAAACGGGCCGUUAAGUCACGCGUCGGUGAUGGCCGACAUCUUGGCUUCUAUUCAUGAGCAUUACGCAGAAGAUAACUCACGUCAAUUACUGACAUCAAACGUACUCAUUCAUCACGGCGACGCACCGAACAUUGACUUCGUCGCUAAGAUCGGUGGAUGGGUAAAGAAUUUCGGAGCAGUCUCGGGAUUUGGUGCGUUGUCAGUAUUGGCCGUGAGAUUUUGCGGAAUCGGUUCGCUACUACUCAAGGCUUUCCCCCUCCUUUCCAAAAUCCUCCAAAUGACUUGUUUCAAAAAGCCUCCAUUGGCCAUCACCGCUGCAGAUCUACCCAUGUCCAUCGACGUACAACCAAUAGCAGUGACCAACCCAUCCCAAUCCACCGCAUCCGCAUCGGCAGCAGUUCCGCCACGCCGUACGCGACCACGCCAACCACGACCACCACACACGACUCAGGAAGGCGAGGCCUUCUUACCACGUAGACCACGAUCACAGCCACGAAGAGUCGAAUAAAAUUGCCAUAGUGUCGUUUUUCAUCACUAGUACAUUUCCUUUUCCCUUAUAAUUUUGCCACAGUGUUCCCUUUUUCUCAGUUCUUAACGUCGUCCCCUUAUACUAUCAUUUCCUUUAGUAGUCGCCAUAGUGUCGUUACAUUUUUUUUCCCCAUUGCUGUUUCAUUUCCCUCCACUUAUUCUACGUAUAAUUUGGUCACAGUGUGCCUUAUUAAUUCUUAUCGUAAUGCUUUUCACUCUCACUCUUCCAGCAGUAAUCAUCGCUCUGUUCUUUUCCGUUUUUUCUUUUAUCGUGUUGCCAUUGUUUGCGCUAUUAAUUUUGCACAUAAUUCUGCCACAGUGUCUCUUCUAUGUUCGCGUUCGCUCCCUCUACUUCCGUAUCCAUUAAAUUGCCAUAGUGUCGUUUUCAUCGCUAGCACAUUUCCUUUUUACCUUAUAAUUUUGCCACAGUGUUCCCCUUUUUUUUCAGUUCUUAACGUCGUCCUCUUACACUAUCAUUUCCUUUAGUAGUCGCCAUAGUGUCGUUACA